AUGAAGCUCAUACACAGGGAUAUUGAUAAAAACAAUUCAGGGUCCAUCACCUUGGUCCCGGAGGAAGCAGAGGACAUGUGGCACACAUAUAAUCUUGUGUCUGUUGGUGACACCAUACGGUCCACCACAAUCAGAAAGGUCCAAACAGAAACCGCUACCGGCAGUGUGAAUGUAAAUAAGGUCCGCACAACUUUGACCAUACAGGUGGAGGGCAUAGAUUUUGAUACACAGGCUUGUGUUCUGAGAGUCAGUGGGAGAAACAUCAGAGAGAACCAGUAUGUCAAGAUGGGAGCAUACCAUACAUUGCUUCUAGAAAUGAAUCGGCAGUUUACACUCACCAAACAAGAAUGGGACAGUGUUGCUAUUGACAGAAUUGAAACGGCCUGUGAUCCAGCCCAGCAUGCCGACCUGAUGGCAAUCAUUAUGCAAGAAGGGGUGGCCCAUAUUUGCCUGGUAACCCCCAGCAUGACCCUAGUCAGGGCCAAGAUCGAGACCAACAUACCUCGCAAGCGCAAGGGCAUGUGCGAUCAGCACACCAAGGGUUUGCACAGAUUUUAUGAUCAGAUCAUCCAAGCAUUUCAGCGUCAUUGUAAUUUUGACAUUGUGAAAUGUGUUCUUAUCGCAAGUCCUGGUUUUGUGAAGGAUCAUUUUGCCGACUACCUCUUCUCUCAAGCUCAGAAGAUGGAUGACAAAACCAUUAUUGACAACAAGUCCAAGUUUGUGUUGGUGCAUUCUUCAUCUGGUUUCAAGCAUUCACUCAAAGAAGUUCUUGCAGAUCCAUCCAUAGCAGGAAAACUUGCAGACACAAAAGCUGCAGGAGAGGUGAAAGCAUUGGAGGAUUUCUACACAAUGCUGCAGACAGACCCUGACAGAGCUUACUAUGGCAUACGUCAUUGUGAAAGAGCUGCAGAACAGCAAGCCAUUGAAGUCCUUCUCAUCUCAGAUGAGCUGUUCAGGGCUCAAGAUGUUGCCCAGCGGAAGCGUUAUGUCAGUCUGGUAGACUCAGUGAAAGAAAAUGGCGGCGAGGUGAAGAUUUUCUCCAGCCUUCAUGUUUCAGGGGAACAAUUAGGUCAACUUUCUGGUGUUGCUGCAAUUUUGAGAUUUCCCAUGCCUGAUGAUGAUGGCGAAGAUGAGGAGGAUGACUCAGAAGAGGAUUGA